AUGUUCUCAUCUGAAUUACCAGAAGACCAUGAAAUCCGCGACGUAAUAAUCAUCGGCGCAGGACCAUGCGGCCUCGCCGUCGCCGCACGUCUAAGCGAAGAAACACCAUCAGCAGUCUUUACAGACGAAGAACACCAGCGGUACCACUGGAUCAAAAAGCACAGCGGUAGAAUGAGACUAGUCCAGGGACGCCACAGUAAGAUCAACGGGGUGCCAGCUGCAAAAUGGGAUAGUGAACGCGGAUGCCCUUGUCAAGAUGACCGACAACGGCGUAGCUCGGCUGACUCUGCAUCUUCUGUGCCGUCGCUGUCCUCCACGUCAUCAACAUCGUCGAUAUCAUCUGUCUCGACUCUAGUUCUCGACGGCUCCGGAGAUAAAUGGAUGCAGCGGUGGAACAAUGCUUUCCGCACGCUGGAGAUCAAACAGCUCCGCAGCCCGAUGUUCUUCCAUGUUGAUCCCGGUGAUCGGGAUGGGAUGUUGGCUUAUACACAGGAGAGUGGGAGAGAUGCAGAUUUGUGGGAGAUUCCCGGGUGUGUUGGGAAGGAGAUGAGCAAGCACAAGAAGAAGAAAAGGAGGCAGGGUGGGAAGGCUCAAACAAUAGGAGCUGAGAUUGACGAACGAGAUCGAAAAGACUAUUUCUCGCCUUCCACAGACCUCUUCUCGGAUUAUUGUUCGUCGAUUAUCCAGCGGUAUGGAUUAGAUGAACCCGGCCAGAUAUUGCAGCGCGAGGCGACGGAUCUCUCAUAUGAUUAUCUGUCUGAUAGCUCAGAGUCAAAGGUGUUCACUGUCACAACAUCCACGGGAGAGAAGUUUUAUAGCCGGGCUGUUGUCCUGGCCAUCGGUCCUGGCGGAGCAAAUGUAUCCAAGAUUUAUCCAUGGAAGCCCUUGACGGAGCAAGAGGGCGCUGCAGCAUGUUGUCACAGCACGGAAAUCAAAUCAUUUCCCAGUCCCAAUGUACAGAACAAGAUUCAGCGACGACAGGAGACUAACAUUGUCGUUGUUGGAGGCGGGCUGUCGUCAGCACAGAUUGUCGAUAUGGCAGUUCGCAAGGGCGUAACAAAAGUGUGGUUCUUGAUGCGAUCUGGCAUGAAAGUCAAGCAUUUCGACAUCAGUCUACCCUGGAUGGGCAAGUACAAGAACUGGGAGAAAGCAGCCUUCUGGUCCGCCGACAGCGACGAAGAGCGCCUUGAGAUGCUCCAAACCGCCCGAAACGGUGGCAGCAUUACACCACGUUAUACAAAAAUUGUAAAGCAGCAUGCAGCCCGGCACCGCGCUUCUAUUCACCCAUGCACAGAAAUAAAAACCCACGACUACAACCCAGACACCCAAACCUGGACCCUAACAACCGACCCUCCAAUCCCCGAGCUCCCCGCAAUCGACUAUAUCUACUUCGCAACCGGAGUGCGGGCGGACGUGCGCGAAAUGCCGCUGCUCCGCACGAUGAAUGAUCAAUACCCAAUUGAGGUCAAGUCAGGUCUACCGUGCCUGACGAACGAUCUGUCAUGGCGGGAGGACGUGCCGUUAUUCGUGACGGGUCGCAUGGCAUCUCUCCGGCUUGGGCCCGGCGCGCCAAAUCUCGAGGGUGCGAGAGUGGGCGCGGAACGUGUUGCAUGGGCCAUGGAGGAUGUGCUGCAUAAGGGGAGGGAAAUUGGUGGGCAGUGUGAGGGGUUUUGUGGGCUUGGGAAUCGGUAUGCUUCGCUGCUUGGGCAGUGUGAUGAUUGA